AUGCUCACAUACUAUGACAUGAGCAUAUACUUUGCUGAAAGGAUCGUACAAUCAGCAUCCUCAUUUAUUAAUACCGAGCUUAAUCGUCUCACCAAUUAUGAAGAGAAGAGUGUACACAUCAUAUUAUAUCUGACAGAUUUCAAUCCACAUUCAGUCCACAGAAUUGACGUCGACAUUGCUACAACAAACCUCCAUUCUGAGAAGAGAACGCCCUCACUAAUGGAAGAAGGUGAAAUGUGCACAGUAUGCAUGGAGAAAAUUGUAACAGGUAAUUCUAUAAAUGAACUGCAAUGUUACCAUAUACAUCAUCACCAAUGCAUUGUUGACUGA